CACAAAGAAAUGUUGAUGUGUCAUACUGUGUGAAUUGGGAUUAGAGGUUGAUUCUUGUAUGAUGUUUUGUAUGAAGUUCUACUAAAUGAAUAUGUUAUUCUCUAAAUAUCAUUUUUGUUUUCUUACAUUACAAAAUGCAAUGAUAUGGAAUUCUUCUAACAGCUGAUGAAAACAUCAGCCUAAAAGAGACAUUACCUCUGCGUGCUUGACAUAGAAAUCACCAUGAAAAAUCAUGUGUUUCAAUCCACACUGAAGCCGGGGAUGCUAUCCUGUCUCAAAGAAGGUUCACUCACUUUGCAGCAACUACUGUCAGAGCUAGAAUUUUUCUUAGCCAAAUGAUCCACUUGCCACUUGCCUGCAAAAGGAGCAUAAUCCACUCAAAAACACCUUAACCUUCUGCUUUUGAAACCCCCAGAAGGCUAGAAUAGUUACAGAAAAAAGAAAAUUGAAUGAGGUAGACAGAUCCAGGCAUGCUAUUUCUAGACAUAACUCACGCCCUGUAAUUAAUAAUACACUUGAAGACAAAGCAUUGUGUGGCAUAUCAUUAGUAUCAUCCAAUUAAAUAUUUUUUGUCAACCAAAAUCCAAAAUCUUGGAGUCAGAUUUAAACUUCCAAACGGAAUUUGUAAUUUGAUGAAGGGUUGAAGAUCCAUAUUCAUGCAUUAGGAGAACUACAUAACAUAAAAUAGAUGAACAUAUGAAGCAUAGAGAUCAAAUCAGAAACAUUUUGAUUAUUUAUAACAUGAUGUUUGAGAAAAAAAAUUUGGGAAAAUCAUGAACAUGCAGUGUAUAUCCUUUCUUUUGGUUUUAUAUCCUUCUUUGAUUUCUCAUAUUUUUUUCAGCAAGUACAUAAUAAAGUUCUCCAGCUCAUUUCAUUAAGCAAAGUUUAAUUUUAUGAAUACUUCAAGGUUGUUACUAUACUCAAUAUGUUUGUCUAACUCAUAAUCAGAUAACUAAUUCCCUUGAGAGAAGGUGCUACAAGGAACUGCGAAAUGAGAACUUCCAUUCAACAAAAAUAGUCAUGUGCAUUUACAGGAAACUGCUGUUUUCAUGUAAAGAACAAAUGUGAGUUCAUAUCUCUCCUCUCUUUUUUCUUAGAUACAUGGCUCCAUAUGUGUCUUUUGAAGAAUUUUGCACUAAUUAUGCCUGAAUCAUUUGUCUAUUCAAAGUCACAUGUUAUAUGAUCUCUUUUCCUCCCAUGCUUUAUCUCUCUCUAUAUCAUCAAAGGAAAACUGAUUUUCUUCUUUCAAGUAACCAAUCAUAACUUGUCUAAUGUAAAUGCCUUCUAAACCAAAAGGGGUAGAUGCAUCCAUCCAUGCUAGAAGAGAAAGUUUCAGGGUGACAGGUGGACUCGUAGAAAAUAUCUGUUGCAGUUUUACUGGAAAGUUCUGUUUUGAGGAGAAAAUCAAGUGGUAUCUGAGUGGUCCUGAAUUUGAUAUUCAUUCCAACUCACAUUUUAGUACCUUAUGAAUCUUCAUUUUCAGUCUGUGCACUGUUAAUAUUUCCUUUUUGUACUUUUGCUAUAUCAGUAAUCAAUUUAAUAUCAACAGGUACUGUGGAAGAGUAACCUUAUUAGAGGUAUCAUAAUUGUAGUGUUGAAUUUGACAUAUUUGUAUUAUGAGAAUGUUAUAGUAUUUUUAUUAUUCUUCUAGAUAGGCUUGAUUCAUCUACUGAAGUUGUCAUAUUGGAAAGGACUUCUGGUGUAGGGAAGUGAAAGUUUUUCAUGUUGAAUAUUUUCUCUUUCAAGAUUCAUACUCCCUUGGCUAUGUAUUUAUCUAUAGAUUUUCUUUGUAAAGAAUCUGUGAUUUAAAUAACCUACAACCAGAGUAUAUCUGAACCUUCAUUUACAAAUGCAAACAAUCACCCAAUCUAACGAAAGGAAAAACCCCAAACAUAAGUUUCUUCCUAGUAUCAAUUUGGUGUAAGCUGUUGGUAUGAAUAAGCUGCAACAAUUUAGCAAUCAUAUCUUCAGAUUCAAUUAAUUGUUAGCUCAAGUUGAUAAUUGAUAAGUGCAACAAUAAAUUAACAACAAUUUUACAUCAUGAAUUGUUGUUUUCCUUAUUUACACUUUGAUUUUUCUUUUUUUAAUAAGUGAGAAGAAAGUAAUUAACCAGGAAAAAUGAAGAUAAAAUCAAUAAUGUAUUAGUUAUUUGUUGCAUUGUUUUCCAUCCUAUUCCAUCAAAAUAAAUAAGGGAAAAGUGGAAGAGAACCAGGAGAUAUCUGGAAAGAGAUGUGACAUUUUACAUAGUAAUUCAGUGGGCCUAGGUGAUCAUCUUUUUUAAGAUAUGGGAGACUCAAGAGUGCUACAGAAAGUAACAGGGGGUGGAAGCAGGGAGGGCAUAUUGAUUGACUCGGACUUGAACAACUUAACUCUGGUAAAAUGGCAAAGGAAGCAUAAUUAGCUUGUGUUUGUAGCAUAUGUAAAAUCACUUAUAUGUACUUUGAAUGGAUCAUGCGUGGCUUAAUUCUUCUGUUGUCUACUGUUUCUCAAUGUCACAGAAGUUAUACUAAUAUUUAUUUAUUGGUAUCCUAUUCUUCUUACAAACCACAUGCAACAAACUACUAAUUUUGAAGUGAAACUGCUGGUGUUCUCUCUCUUUCUUUGUGCCUUUCACUCUUCCUCUCAUUUUUGUUGGGUGACUAAAAGCAUAAGACUGUUUUUUAUGGCAGUUAUAGCUAAAUGUUACAAGCAGCUCUUUGAUGGAUUUAUUCUUUCAAUAUUGAUAUAGGCCACUAUUUGCGAGUAGCUUGCUAACUAUUAUUCACACUCUGCUGGAUCAAACACGGCAGGGUGAAAUGAGAAUUAUAGGAUGUCAUACUCUUUUUGAUUUUAUAAAUAAUCAGGUUAGUUACACUGUUGCUUCCUCACUUACAUAUCUAUAAGUUCAAACUUAUUUUCAGCAACUGUGAUUCCUUUCUUUUCAUAAUGUUGACUGAAGCAACAUUUGAAACUCAAAGUUUCUAAUUUUCCAGGUUGAUGCAACUUACCUGUUCAACUUAGAGGGUUUUAUCCCAAAACUCUGUCAAUUAGCUCAAGAAAUAGGUGACGAUGAAAGAGAAACAACUAUUCGGGCAGCUGGUUUGCAAGCUCUUUCAUCACUGGUUCGGUACAUGGGUGAACACUCUCACAUAUCAGUUGAGUUUGAUAAUAGGUCCUAACGGAAAUUUAGAAAGCCUCAAUCAUGAGGAAGAGAAAGGUCCUGAGAAUAUGUGGCUCCAAGAAGUGAUUAAAAAAGAGGAUCACAUCUCUCCUGUUAUAGAAGUUGAAAAGCGAACUCCAUCUUGGAGUAAUAUUUUUAAUGACAAAGGCGAAGUAAAUGUGACAAUUGAAGAUGCAAAGAGCCCAUCAUUUUGGUCCAGGGUUUGCUUAUAUAAUAUGGCCAACUUAGCCAAGGAGGCUACUACCAUACGUCGUGUAAUGGAAUCUUUAUUUAGAUACUUUGACAACGGAAGUUUAUGGUCUAUAAGCCAUGGUCUUGCCCUUUCUGUUUUAAAAGAUAUGCUAUUUUUAGUGGAUGAUUCUGGAAAAAAUACACAUGUUUUACUGUCAAUAUUAAUCAAGCAUCUAGAUCAUAAAUUGGUCCUUAAACAACCCAACACGCAGCUUGACAUUGUUGAGGUGGUCAUUUCACUUGCUCAAUAUGCAAAGGUCCAACCUUCUGUAGCAAUAGUUGGUGCCGUAAGUGAUCUGAUGAGACAUUUGCGAAAAAGCAUACACUAUUCGCUUGAUAACUUAAAUCUGGGAGUUGAAAUAAUCAAUUGGAAUAAGAAUUUCAGAGAAAUGGUUGAUAGGUGCCUUGUACAGUUGUCAAAUAAGGUAGGUGAAGCAGACCCAAUUCUAGAUGUUAUGGCAGUGAUGUUAGAGAAUAUCUCAACUAUUACUGUAAUAUCAAGAACCACAGUCUCUGCCGUCUAUCGAACUGCACAAAUUGUAGCUUCCUUACCAAAUUUAUCUUAUAAGAACAAGGCAUUCCCUGAUGCAUUGUGUCAUCAACUACUCCUGACUAUGGUCCAUCCUGAUCACGAAACUCGAGUGGGAGCUCACCGCAUUUUUUCUGUUGUUCUUGUGCCAACCUCUGUUUUUCCUCGUCCAUGUUUGUCUUUGUCUCACCUCCAACCAUUGGGUGUUCCACGAACACUCUCAAGAGCAGUCUCUGUCUUCUCUUCUUCAGCUGCCUUAUUUGAGAAGCUAAGAUGGGAGAAACAAUUUUCAAGUGAAAAUCCAAGUCAACAUAAUAAAGAAAACACUGCUAUAGAGGUGGUACCAGCUCACAGCGAAGGUGGAAUCCUGAACAGAUUGAAAUCAACCUAUAGUCAGGUGUACAAUGCCAGUGGCACCCUGCAACUUACUGCAGUAGAUGAAAUAAUGACAGACAAUGCUAAUAAGGACUUGGAGGCUACGACCCUCAGGCUCAGCAGCCAUCAGAUAAACCUCUUGCUAUUGUCAGUUUGGACUCAGGCUAUCUCUAGUGAAAAUAUGCCUGCAAAUUAUGAAGCAAUUGCUCAUACAUACAGCUUGGUGCUUCUGUUUUCUAGAUGCAAGAAUUCUUUUCAUGAGGUCCUGGUCCAUAGUUUUCAGAUUGCAUUUUCUUUGCGGAAUGUUUCUUUAAAAGAAGGGCCAUUGCCACCAUCACGUCGUAGAUCAUUAUUUAUGUUGGCAACUUCAAUGAUUCUGUUUUUUUCAAAAGCAUACAACAUUGUCCCUCUAGUCCAUAGUGCCAAGGCUGUACUUACAGAGAGAAAGGUUGACCCCUUCCUUCAUUUGAUUGAAGAUCACAAGUUACAAGCUGUCAGCUUUUCUCCUGACAAUCUUACCAUUGCCUACGGUUCCAAAGAAGAUGAUGAUAGAGCCUUAGAAACACUUUCACAAAUUCUGACUUUUAAACACCAAGAUCAGGAAUUCUUUGUUUCAGAAAUUGUCAAGAGCUUGGUAAAUUUAUCAGAACUUGAAUUAUCCUCAAUAAGGGAAGAGCUGCUAAAAGAAUUCUCUCCAGAUGAUAUGUGUCCCCUUGGAUCUCAAUUGACCAUGGAUAUGCCAGAAAAGGAUGCUUCAGUAGUUUCAACUGAUGAUGAUAGUAUUUCCGAUAUACUUGAUAGUCAAAUAAAACAAAAUUCCAUGGAGUUCCCAAAACUUUUGAGUGCUGAUCAACUUUUGGAAUUAGUAGUUUCAGACACAUCUAUCGAAGCUGGGAGGAUUUCAGUAUCAAUUGCAUAUGAUAUGUCUUACAAGGAUAUGGCACAUAACUGUGAGGUAUUUGUGAUGGGAAAACAGAACAUGUCCAGACUGAUGAAUAGCCAACAAAUGCAAGAAUGUUUGAUGAACUUCCCUUCACAAAAUCAUGACAAUGACUUGAGAAAUAAGGACACCUCUUCCCAUGUGGAUGUGGGUUUUCAAAAGGAGAACACUGUUCCAUUGCUAUGUGCAACCAUUCAGAAUCAUCCUCACUUGUUCAAACUGCCAGCAGCAAGUCCCUUUGAUCACUUUCUAAAAGCUGCUGGUUGCUGAUACCAAAAUUGUACUGAAUUACAUAUUCUAGCAAAUGGUGAAAAUUUUUUUACUGAAGUGAGCUCUUGGUCACUAGGGGAAGGCUUCCAAGCACUGUUACCUUGCUAGUGCUCAGUCCUGAGAUAUAUUUGAAAAUGU